GUGACUGAUAUAAAUAUUCGCAAACGAACAAAGUUUACUGUUUAUUCCAAGUAGUUUAUUAUCCAUUUAAUUAGAGAUGGACGAGGACGAGGUGUUUUUAUUAAAUAUAAUAUUAGAAAAUGUAGAGCACGCAGAAAUAGAAGCGGGGUCUAUACCCCGACUUUUAUUUCACAACAGAGAAGAUCCAUUAGAAAGGUUAAGCGAUAAUCAAUUCGUGAAACAUUUUAGACUCACAAAAAAGGCUUUUCGAAAAUUGUACCAAGAACUAACUGAGCUUUUGAAUCUACCAAACUUAAGACAAUCUGCACUAACUUUCAAGACAAAAUUGCUGGUGUCCCUUAUGUUUUUUGGACAAGGAAGUUACCAGUCAAUAUUGGGGUCCAAUGUAUUUACAGGCAUGAGCCAAGCUAGUGUAAGUAGGUGCAUUGAGGAAAUAACAACUGCAUUAAACAUGAAUGUUAUGCAACAGAGGUGGAUACACUUUCCUAAAGAUAUGAAUGAGCUUACACGAAGGAGAGCAAGGUUUUAUAAUGCCACUCGUAUACCAGGGGGUAUAGGCAUUAUUGAUUGCACACAUGUAGCAAUAGUAAUGCCAUCAGAAGAGGAACAUAUUUACGUUAAUAGAAAAAAUUAUCAUUCUCUUAAUGUACAGUUGAUAUGUGAUGAGAGUUUGAAAAUAAUGCACGUAAAUAGUCAAUUUCCAGGCAGUACACAUAAUGCAUACAUUUGGAAUCAGUCAAAUAUUUCUUAUAUAUGAUGCAAAAAUUAUUUGAACAUGAUAACAACAAUAACUUCUUUUUGUUAGGGGAUUCAGGUUAUCCACUGCGUCCUUGGUUGAUUACACCAUUAAAAAAUCCUGAACCAGGUACAGCAGCUGAACGUUUUAAUAGACAAUUCACAUCUGUGAGAAGCAAGAUUGAGCAAUGUAAUGGAGUCUUAAAGAACAGAUUUAGGUGUCUUUUAAAACAUCGUGUAUUGCAUUAUAAACCUAUUAAGGCAGCAAGAAUUGUUAAAGCAUGUG